AUGAUGAGGCCAUGUUCACCGGACACAGUGCAAUGCCGCCGGUCCCGAUCCAGGUCUCGUGGACGCUCUCAAUCCCGACAUCGCUCCCGCUCUCGGCGCCGCUCGCAGUCCUGGUACCGCUCUCAAUCCCGGUACCGGUCAUACUCGUGGUACCGCUCGAGAUCCCGCUCUCCAUCACGGUACUCUCGGCACCAGUCUAGAUCCCGGCACCGCCGGGAGCAGCAGUACUGUCAGGAGUUGGGGCUGGGGUGGGGCGUUCAGGAGUCCGGGGGCCUGAGCCUGGCCGUGCAGGAGUCAGGGGUGAGCCCAGGGUUGCAGGAGUCAGGGGUGAUUCUGGGCCUGCGGGAACGGUAUCAGGCAGCUGGGGAGGCCAGGCCAGGGGUGUGGGAGCAGCGGGCGGCUGGAGAGGCCAGGCCAGGGGUGUGGGAGCAGCGGGCGGCUGGAGAGGUCAGGCCGGGGGUGUGGGAGCAGCAGGCGGCUGGAGAGGUCAGGCCGGGGGUGUGGGAGCAGCAGGCGGCUGGAGAGGUCAGGCCGGGGGUGUGGGAGCAGCAGGCGGCUGGAGAGGCCAGGCCAGAGGUGCGGGAGCAGUGGGUGGCCAGAGAGGUGAAGCCAGGAGUGUGGGAACAGUGGGUGACAGUGGGGACAAGACCAGUAGUGCAGGAGCAGUCGGUGACCAGAGAGUCAAGACCAGGGGUGCGGGAGCGGCGGGCGGUUGGAGAAGCCAGGCCGGGGGUGUGGGAGCAGCGGGCAUCUGGAGAAGCCAGGCCGGGGGUGUGGGAGCAGCGGGUGGCAGUGGGAGAGAGGCUGGGGGUGCGGGAGAAGCGGGCGGCUGGAGAAGCCAGGCCAGGACUCUGGGAGCAGUUAGUGACCAGAGAGUCUAGGCUGGGGGAGCGGGAUCAGCGGGUAGCAGUGGGAAAGAGGCCGGGGGUGCGGGAGCAGCGGGUGGCAGUAGGAGUCAGGCCAGGGGUGCGGGAGAAGCGAGUGGCAGUGAGAGAGAGGCCGGUGGUAGGAGGGCUGAGGCCAGGGCUGCGGGUGGCCAGAGGGACGAGGCCAGGAGUACGGCCACGGGUGGCAGCGAGGGUGAAGCCAGGAGUUCGAGUGCCAGUGGGGGUGAGGCUGGGGUUACAGGAGGAGCAUCUGGUAGAAGAGGGAAGCCUAGGAGUAGAGCGGCAACCUCAGGAGGAGAGAACAGUGAGCUCAGGGGUGCAGGAGCAGGGUGUGGCCCUGGGAGCCCCCCAGGAGCAGGGUGUGGCCCUGGGAGCCCCCCAGGAGCAGGGUUUGGCUCUGGGAGCCCCCCAGGAGUGGGGAGAGGGCGCGAGGGUGCAGCAUCAGCCGGAAGGGGAAGGGGAGGUGAGCCCAGGAGUGCAGGGAGGGCAGCAGAGAGAGCAGCACCAGCAAGAGAAAGGAGGGUUUAUCAGGGGUCUGCAGGAGAAAGGGGGCCUGAGGCCAGGCCUGCAGGAGGAGGUUCUCAGGCUGGGCGUGCAGGAGGAGGUGCUCAGGCUGGGCGUGCAGGAGCAGCCUGAGGAGCCAGAGUGGCUGAACCCAGGUGUGCAGGAAGCCGGGGGGACCCUGGGUGUGCAGCAGCCACAGCGCAGGGAGGGGAGGCGGCGAGCAGCACAAGUGUAGGGAUGAGAGGGGUGAGCCCAGGAGCCUAGCACGGUCUCUGGCCCAGACUCUUAACAGUGUACGAGCACCAGCUGGUGAACCCAGGAGGGUGGCCUCAGCGCUGGCACCACCGCUAGCUGGGGAGCACAUCACCACCUUCAUCCCAUGAGCGUGGCAGUGCGGUGCAGUGCCAUCACUGAAAGUCAGCAGGAGAAGGUAGGGGUGAGCCCAGCAGCGCCGUCCCUGGCCAGCGAGCCUGGAGGA